UAUCACCAAUUAGUAGAGGAAACACAACAAUGCCUUGUGUAGCUGGACUCGGCGCCACCGCCCGCCGCGCCACCUAAUCUACCCACCACCGCAUGUUAUUGUUAGAAAACCCUCUCAAAGCCCCAAAUUUUCAACUCUCUUUCUGGCUGCGUUGGAGACGACCAAAGACCCAAUUUUUAGUUGUAUUUAUCCAUAUCUAUUUAGUUGUCUAGAAGACUAGAAGUGAGUAUAAUAUUCAAGCAUGGCAUCGCCGAAGAAACCGUCGCCGGCGAUAAUGGUCCAGCCGGCGUCCCCUAGGUUCCAGUCGGCGGGGGCCAAACGGAGGGUAGCGAUAGCGGUGGAUCUGAGCGACGAUAGUGCCAACGCCGUGAAAUGGGCCAUCCAGAAUUACCUCCGUCCGGGCGACGCCGUGAUCCUCCUCCACGUCCGCCCGACUUCCGUCCUGUACGGCGCCGACUGGGGCGCGAUCGACAUGGCGGUGGCUGACGAAAACAGUACCGACGAGGAGUCCCAGAGGAAGCUGGAGGAAGAUUUCGACGCCUUUACGGCUUCGAAGGCCAACGAUCUGGCUCAGCCGCUAGUCGAGGCUCAGAUCCCCUUCAAGAUCCACAUAGUAAAGGACCACGAUAUGAAGGAGAGGCUGUGCCUCGAGGUCGAGAGGUUAGGGCUGAGUGCGGUGAUUAUGGGAAGCCGAGGAUUUGGGGCUUCGCGACGCAGCACCAAGCGGCGACUUGGGAGUGUGAGUGAUUACUGUGUGCAUCACUGUGUUUGUCCAGUUGUUGUUGUCAGGUGUCCCGAUGGUAAUGACGGCGGUGCUUCCGGCGAUAUUUCCGGCCGUGUUGGGAAGGGAGGUGAGGGUUUACACCCGGUGCCGGAGGAGGAGGGUGAAUAUCAUGAUGCUUCUGAUCGGCAAACAGAUGCGGAUAAAGCUUCUUGAGCAAAUAAAGGAUAUGGGGAAAUCAAAACCCAUGGAAGAUGGAAGCUGAGAUGGCUGGAGUUGAUGAAACUAUCUUCGGAGGAAUGGAUUUUGGCUGUGUGAAAAAAUGCAGUGUGGUAGUUAGGUCCUUCUUCGAGUCCUUUUUCUGUGCACAUACAACAUUAGUGGUGUUUCAAAACCAUGAAGUUCGGAAUGGAUCUUAUUGUUGAUCGAUUUCCUUUCGUAGAUUUUGGGUUUUAAAUGGGUUUGGUUUCUUUCCCUGUGGCUGCAGUCCCUGUCCGGGUACUGCUUUGCAGCAGCUUCUUGUGUUAAAUUUAACCAGAAGAUGGUAAAGCUGAUGAUGCUUGUUUUUGUGAA